AUGCUCACCGAUCGUUCUCCCGUCCUGCGCGCUCCCACGUCGCUCCUCUCGCAGGCCAUGGCCCAAGUCCAGGCGGAGUCUGCUUCCUCUGCUUCCUCUUCUUCCUCCCGCGCCCGCCAUGCUGCUUCACUCAGCGCACCCUCGUUCCGUCUCGAGAACCUCCCUCGCUUCCAUCCGGCAGUCUAUCAGUCGACAAACGGCAGCACGACCGCUUCGUCCACUGCCUUCGACUUUGACGCAGUGGCUACGUCCUCACCACACAUAUACUCGCACACCCAGACAUACCGACCCACCUCCGCCUCAGCGGUGGUCUCUUCUUCCUCGACCACUUCUACGGCCUCUUCGUCUCGCGAUGCACUGCGUCAGUACCGUGAUCUGGUGGCCGGCAUGGCUCUCUCAGCCCGCGCUUCAGCCCAGUCCUCGACCUUCUCCAAGCCAUCCAAGCCCAGACUAGAACCUCUAGGGAGCCCGGGCCCGGUGACUCCCCUGGCCCUGGAGGAGGAAGGGGAAGGCUACCUCUCUGCUGGCGCGAUGGAGAUCCUGGCAGCAGACGGACAGCGGCAUGCCAACCCCAGAGAGAGGAUAGAGCUGCUGGAUCAGCUUAUCAUGCGAGAGAAGAACCGCCUUUCAUCGAGGAUGGACUGA